CCGGGCAGGCCAUCAACAACACAGAGCAUUAGAGCACCAUGGUCGUCGGGAUGUUCGGCCCUGCAGUUCGCGCUGCUCUUCGAGGAUCCAAAGUUUUCGCUCCGAACGCGCGAUGUAUCCACAGAACUCGUAUCGUUUUAGGAAUCGACGGUAUCCAGUUGCGGAUGCCGUCGCUGUCACCCACCAUGACCGAAGGAGUUAUUGUUCGAUGGAUGAAGAACGAAGGCGAUGCCAUUCAGCCGGGAGAUGUUCUCUGCGAGAUUCAGACAGACAAAGCCGUCGUAGCUUUCGAAGUCGAAGAACCAGGAACUCUGGCGAAAAUCAUAGCGCCUAGCGGUGAUCAAAGUAUUCCCAUCAAUACACUUAUCGGGAUCAUGGUCGAGGAAGGAGAAGACUGGAAAGAUGUGAACAUUCCGGCGGAUACCGCGCCUCCGGCAGCUGCGCAAUCUAGCGCCCCCGGCCCACCGACGGCCGCUAGUCCCGCUCCAGUCCCACGUGCAACUCCCGUCGCCCAGAGCCCGAGCAGUUCAGCAAACUUGAAUUUACUCGGUCCUGCUGUGAAACUUCUGCUCUCUCAGAACAACCUCCAGGCAUCCCAGGUUCCAGCAACUGGUCCCCACAAUGUUUUGCUCAAGGGCGACGUCUUGCGUUUCAUAGAAUCAGGUGGGGCAGCCGCGCUUUCGAAAGCAGCCCAGACUGGGAUUUCAGCGACCCAACAAGCUAAGGGCCCAUCUGCUGAGGUCGGACCCCCACCAGAGCCUGCUUACAAGGACAUCGAACUCACCAACAUGAGACGUGCCAUUGCGAAACGCUUGUCUCUCUCAAAAUCAACGGUACCACACAGCUAUACGAGUUACGAGGUUUCUGUGGGUAAAGUUCUUCAGACGAGGAAAAAACUCGCCGAAAUGAACGUGAAGGUAUCCGUGAACGACUUCGUUGUGAAAGCCGUAGCUUUGGCGCUACGCAAAGUUCCUCAGAUCAAUGUGACGUGGGAUUCCCAGAGCCAAGACGGCAAGCAACAAGAAAAAGUCGACAUUUCCGUGGCGGUGUCGACCGACAGCGGAUUGAUAACUCCAAUCGUCAAGGAUGCCGACCAACGAUCACUGAGUGAAAUCAGCAACUCGAUUAAGGAGCUCGCUACGAAAGCUCGUGAGAACAAAUUGAAACCCCACGAAUUCGAGGGAGGCUCCUUCAGCGUCAGCAACCUCGGAAUGUUCGGCAUCACGGAGUUCACCGCUGUCAUAAAUCCUCCUCAAGCAGCUAUUAUGGCCGUUGGUGGGGGCCGUCAGGUUUUCACAUCAGCUCGUACUGUUGACACCCUGAUGACGGUGACCGUUUCGUUCGACGCGCGACUUAUGAGCGACACGGACGUUGCAGAGUUCCUGGAAGCUUUCCGCGAAUAUAUGGAAGAGCCCGAGAAAAUGAUGACCUGAAUGUUAUUUGGCCUAGCAUAAAAUAUAUUAUCAAUCAACAGUCAGUGAGAGCUUGGGACGUCGUUCCCGCGGUGAUCCGUCGUUGAAGUAUCAAGCCAACAUGCACAAUGGUACACGGUUUCUGAGUGAGCCAAUGGUGACUGGAGACCUGCUGCUCCCGUCGACGUUUCCUAACGGGUACAGCUGUGCUUGCUCGAUCGCUUCACUAUCGGCAGGUUUUUCUUUAGAUGGAGUAAGUUAUAAGCGAAUGAGAUCGAACGCUGUCAUGAUAGUGGUGAAUAAAUGACC